CUUAUUGACAAAUCGGUAUUCUAAUUAAAAUUCAUAAAUACAGAAAUUUCAAUCGUGAAGAUGGGUUUAAAUUGUCAAAUGUGUGGAAUCCUGUGUUUUGUUUGUGUAAAAAAACCAUUGAUAUCUGAAUCCAACACGCGUAGUGACACUGUGAGUGUGGUGUGCUUGAAUAGACCAGUGGUAACGUUGAAAGCGAACGCAGCCGACGCGCACGAAUGAGGGUAGACCGAGCGCGGUCAACACAACUUUGACACCCACCCGCUAUCUCCAGUUACCCGUGAACAAGAUGCAUGUAACUGCGUCGAAAUAUCAGGAGCUCAAACACAAUAUAAAAGGUAAUCACGGUUUAUAUCCUGGUCGAUUAAAGUCUAGUCGGAUUCAUGAGGUUUCCCCUUAUUAAUAGAGUGAUUCUUAAGGAAAGUCAAGGUUAUUUUGUUAAGGUUUUGUGUAACCAGUGCGAAACCGGGGCGGGUCGCUAGUAAUAAUAUAAUUAUUGCGUGUGCAAUAUCACAUGUCAUUGACGAAUCGCUGUAGAAUGACAUUGCUUUUCCUGUGGUGAAAGUGAUUAUCUUCUUUAGAUUAGCUAUCGUGUUGAUUGGCGACCUUCAUCGCGAGUGAAUCAUAAUAUCGCUGCACUUUCGACAUCCCCUUAACUUAGAAUCAGUUUAACAUACAAAUUUACCAGUUUGAUUGUCUAGUAAAGAUACCUUAUCGGAAAUAAAGAAUAAUAAAGCAAUAUAAAAUCCAGUAGGUGUUAGUUUCAGUAUAGUUGUAGUUAACAUUUUGCUGGGAAAACAUGAAGACAGUCGUGAUACUAGCAGCUCUUGUAGCUGUGAUAGCUGCCCUCGAUAUUGAUCUAUCUGUUGAAAUUGAUGACAUUGAGCGCCAACAAAAAGUCCUCAGCCUAUUGGAGAACAUACAACAGGAGAGCACGGAUGCUGACUGGUGGCAGAUUGGCUCCGAAUACGACGUAGAAGCUAACAUUAACAGCUACACUGAUGAAAAGGCCGUUGAGGAGUUCCUGCAUUACUACAACAGCGGUUUUAUGCCUAAAGACGAAACGUUCUCUAUGUUUAAUGACCGAAUGAGAGAGGAAGCCAUUGCUCUCUUCAAGCUCCUUUACUACGCUGACGACUUUGACACCUUCUUCAAUACCGCCGCCUUCGUCCGAGUGCAUUUUAAUGACGGCCAAUUUCUCUACGCAUACUACAUUGCCAUCUAUCAACGUCCAGACACAAAUACUCUGGUGCUGCCUUCUCCACACGAGAUGCUUCCUCAGUACUUCGUAGACACGAAGACUUUGCUAAAGGCCUACCACGUAAAAAUGCAAAACGGCAAUGAUGGACAGGAAGGCGUUAACAAUCAAAACGGGCGAUUCAUAUUCUAUGCCAAUUACACUAGCCCCUGGUUGACCGGCAACGAAGAAGAUAAGUUGUCUUAUUUCACAGAAGACAUUGACAUGAACUCGUACUACUAUUACUUCCAGAUUUUGUUCCCGUUCUGGUGGAGCGGUAACAGCCUCGAACAAUUUGACGAAUACCAAAGUGACCUGUUUUAUUUUACCUACCAACAGCUCGUCGCUAAGUACUAUCUGAACAGACUCUCCAGUGGAUUGGGUGAAAUCCCUGAAUUUUCGUGGAUAGCACCCAUCAAGCCUGGUCAUUACAGUAGUUUGUCCACCAACUAUCCCUUCUUUUCGAGAAAUGAAAAUUACCAGAUAAACAAAGUUGAAAAUGCAAUGAAUAUACAGUACCUUAACAACUACGAGCAAUAUUUUCUGUCAUACAUAGAGCAGGGCAACUCUGAGAUAUUACAGAAUAAGAAACUGAUCAAUCUGCGUAACUCACCCGUUGACUUAGUGAACGAAUACUGGUUCACUAACUAUGAACUGGCCGAAAAUUUGCCUCAGAACCAGAAGCGCUCCUACGGGAUCGUCGGUCUUCAUCUACUGGCCGGUACUCCAGACCCAUUGGACAAACGCAUCGCGAUCCCCAGCGAUUUGGAGCUAUACCAGACCUCUCUUCGUGACCCUGUCUUCUACCAGUUCUACGCACGCACCUUGAAUUACAUCUUCCAAUGGAAAAGAGAAAACUUAGAACCCUACAGCUCAAGCGACCUUAACCUUGAAGGGGUCCAGAUCAGCGACGUUCAGAUCGAUGAAUUGGUCACCUUCUUCGAACUCUACGAUUUUAACAUUUCCAACGCCAUCUACUACAGUGCCGAGGAGUUUAAUGCCAACGACCGAACCAAUUUCACGGUUCGUCAACCUCGCCUCAACCACAAAGUCUUCAUGCUUAGGGUCAGCGUUCAAUCUGAUGUCGCCACUUCUGCACUGGUCAAGUUAUUCUUGGGACCCAAAUAUGACAGCAAUGGUUUUCAUCUUAGCAUUGAAGAUAACUGGAAGAAUUUCGUCGAGCUUGACUGGUUCAUGAUAAAUCUCACUCUUGGACAGAAUGAAAUUGAGCGCAGCUCUCAGGAUUUCUCUCUAUACAGGAAGGAUACCGAUGCUGUAGCUGAACUCCUCAAGAUGAGCAAGCAAGGAAAGGUUCCUUUCGAUAUGUCUGAGACCUUGUACCAGCCUGAAAGAAUGAUGCUGCCUAAGGGGACUAAGGGCGGCUUUCCCUUCCAAAUCUACGUCGUUGUAUACCCUCAAACUUCUCUCCCUCUAGAACUGACAAAAUACAGUUUGUUGCUCCCGGACACAAAGCCAUUAUCAUAUCCGUUUGACCGGCCUGUGCGAGAGGCUUCUUUCAAGCAGCCGAACAUCUACAACAAAGAUGUCUUCAUCUACCACGAGGGAGAUGAUAACCCUAACAUCUAUAAUAUUUAAGAAUACUGAAGCUUAAUAACUAAAGUGUUUAAACCUUCGAGCAACACCGGCUUCCGACACGUUGUAAGAGAGGAGCCUAAGCGAUAUCUUACCAUUCAAAUCUUUCUGCCAUUUUUUGCGGGGGGAAACGUGCACACAGUCGCACUUCUCACUCACUACAUACAAAAUCCAAUCUGUAAUGACGACACAAAUACAUAGAAAAUGACACACGUCAAAGACAAAUCUUGCACACCUCGAUCUCUUUUUGUGUACGGACGAGUCACAACAUGCACCGCCAUAGGCACAGUUUUGCCAAUGCUUUGGCAGAGGGGAAAUAGUAUGAAUGCUGUCUCCCUUCCCUGUGUUGCUCGAAGGUUUAAAAUUUUUAAAAAACGUUUUUUAAGAAAAGUAUCUACUUAUAACAUGUUCAUACAUAUGACGUUUUAUGUUCUAAAUUAAUGGACAUAAAAAAACUAUAUUGUGAUAUA